GGACGAUUGAUUCUCAUACAUUUAUUACACUUCGCAUGGUACUCUCAGCAUGAGCAAAAUUCUCAUUACUGGUGCCACCGGCUACGUCGGCGGCACUGUCCUCAGCCAGCUCCUCGCGUGCACAGCCCCCAGCGUCAAAGACCUCACCUUCAGCCUCCUCAUCCGCAAUGACGCGCAGGCCCAGAAACUAAAAGACGCAUACGGUUCUCGCAUCAACACGAUCAAAUGGUCCGGUCUGAACGACACAGCGUUUAUCGAAGAGACAGCCUCGAACUACGACAUCAUUAUCAACACAGGCUCUGGCUUCAUCCCCGAGGGUGCCAUUGCUUUCGUCAACGGCCUCGCGCGUCGCGUCAAAGCUGGAAAGCCAACGCCAUGGAUGCUGCAUCUUUCCGGCUGCACGAACUUGUCCGACCGUCCGCUGACGCAACCUCCAAUCCCAUUGCGCGAGUGGAACGACGAACUGGAUAGCGCUGAGAUACUCGAGCGAAUGAAGGCGCUCGAUGAGAAGGAGCCCUACUCGCAACGCACGACUGAGAUCGGUGUUCUAGAGGCCGCCGCUGCGUCUGGUGUGCAGGCCGUCAGCAUCAAUGCGCCGUGUAUCUUCGGCGAAGGCGCGGGACUGUUCAAUCGACAGGGCCUCGUCAUUCCGCUGAUCAUGAUGUACGUGAUACAGCAUGGCUAUGGCUGGAAGCUGAACGAGACGGCCAACUUUGACUGGGUCCACGUUCUCGACCUCGCGGAUAUCUACGUUCUUUUGGUGCGCGCCAUCCUCGAGCGCGAGGAUCGCGGUGUUGGGUAUAUUUCCUCGGGCAAACGGGGCGUAUUCUUCGCAGCAGUCGGCCGCACGCUCAUCAAGGAGAUAAAUCAGAGGUGUUUGGAUGCCGCGUUUGCUGACGGUGUUCUACCCAGGGACGGCACACCGAAGCAGAAGGAAAUUCGCCUUGUACCCCUGGAAGAGAUUGCGGACAAACUGACGGCCGGCCGCAGCGAUAUUGCGGAGCGUGGGUGGGGGGGACACAAGGCUACAAAGGCUGUGCUUGCGCGGAAGUUAUUGGGAUGGGAGCCGAAAAGGCUGCAGGAAGCAUGGGAGAAGGACUUCCACGAUGAAUUGGUUGCGCUGAAGGAGAACAGGCGGAUGGUUACAAUGGAGAGCUGCAUUGGGGCGACGAAGAGGUAGAAAGAUGAGACUUUUACUAUCCACUUGCUAACCUCGGUGCCCUAAUUGUGAUAUAUGAAGUACUCCAAAGCACUCAUUGCGUCGUGCCAG